AUGUUUUCCAGGCCUCUACUCAAAUCUCGGUCCGUCCUAGCAGCAGCAAUCGCCAGACGCACCGUCUCCAUCAACCGUCCUGCUCCCCUGCCUCUUCCCCAGGACGACCAGCGCGAGUAUGAGCUCCUUCUUAGGAACGCACAGACGCCACUCGCCCCCUCCAACGAUCUCGCCGUCCAUCCAGAUGCUCGCACCCCAAUAACCCCCGAAUUUGAGGGUGACGUCAAUCCAACUACUGGCGAACUGGGCGGCCCUAAGCGUGAGCCCGUUAAUCGAUGGGCUGCAGACCCAGGCGGUGAUUGGAGCUUCAAAGGCAGAGUCUCGGAUUUCUAG